CUGCGACUGUCCUGCACUGUCCACAGUCACUCCGCGCGAAGUGUACAAGCCAGUGACUAUCUCAACUUACAAGUCAUCGAGAAAAGAUUCGCUCCAUGUUAUAGACAUGAGCAAAGCGCUGCGAGCUCCUUGGCGGCGGAAAGAGUCUGGUUCCUGUUGACCAUGGACACCGACGCUGAGGAGGUAAGGCAACGUCAAUGGCUGACGGAAAUAUUCGACACAUGGCUGUUCUACCUACACGAGUUCGGAAUUGCGUUGUCUGAACGUGUUGAAUACAUACUGACGUAAAGCGCAUUCAUAGAUCUGCCUCGUACCUCAUCCCGGCCCAGGUCCUCAUGCGAUGCCCACAUGGGCCACGACGCUUGCUAUAGACCCUCAUCAAGAGCUGCUGUGGACGGGAAAUGAAUAUGUAUGGCAUACCCGAACUUUCUUCCGUCCGUAUAUGAAGCGCGCAGUGAGAAACGCAUAUUCAUUGAUGACUAUGCCAGGGCCGCGUCAUGUCAUUCUACGGCCACGAGCUGCAGAAGUAUACGAGUUUCAAAGCACAUGCUAGCGAGCAUGUCAAGCAGAUAAUAUUCACCGAAAAAGGCGUGCUAUCCGUCUCUUCAAGGAGCGUCCACUACGCGUCGAGGAGGGGUCUAGGUAUAUGGCACUUGGCGGAUCAGAACUUUACGGAUCUACAAUGUAUGAGCUUCACCAGCAAGGACGCCACCGAGAUUUUGGUCGCGGGCAUGCAGAAUACCAUGUUUAGAAUAGACGUGGAGAAGGGGGCAAUCCUUGAAAUCAUACCAGCCCACGAUAUGUACACAAUCAUGAAGCGAGGCGGCUCGCACAUCUGUGCUGCAACACACACGGGCUCUGUGCACAUCCUCGAUUCUAAAACCUUUCAACUGAUUAAGUCAUGGCAAGCUCAUAUGGGAUGGAUCAAUGAUAUGGAUGUCAAAACUGAUUUCCUUGUCACUUGCGGCUAUUCCAAUCGGCAGCAGCUCGGUCCUAUGCUCGAUGGUAUGGUCAACCUCCUCUCACUUAAGACGCUUCAACCAUUACCCCCAAUACCCUUUCAACCUGGCGCCGCAUUCGUUCGUAUCCAUCCCCGCAUGUACACCACAUGCGUGAUUGCUUCCCUUAAUGGCCAGAUACAAGUCGUGGAUGUGAUGAAUUCCGGUGCUGUGUCACUCGUCAAACAAGCUCAAAUAUUCGACAAUACGGCUAUAACGUCUCUUGAGCUCGCACCAUCCGGAGAAGCCCUUGCUUUUGCAACCACUUUGAAUCAAAUCCAUCUGUGGGGCUCACCCGCAAAGGCACAUUUCACCGAUCAUCCCAGAGAAACCCUCUUCCCUGACCCUAUCAUUCCUCAUCCGCCCAUGGACUGGUCGCUUGACACACCUCUGAAUAAAAUCGGUAUGCCAUAUUAUCGUGAACUUCUACUCUCUGCGUGGCCUUCUCACAUGACCUUCGAAGUGGGCGCUCCACCACCAAAGAUUGAGGCCAUUGUAACAGCUCACCAGAAACGCGCAGAUAUGGGAGCAUAUGCACCAAAUCCGCGAAAAGGUUUCCGCAAUCAGAUCCAACAAACCCGAGUAGCUUUGUCUGAGAAAUCAAGCGGUGCCCUUGGAGCUCCCAAGUUCCUCUCUGAGAAGGCCAGGGAGUCUGCCAAAGCAGGUGAUGACGAGCAACGUCCAAGUGAUGCAUUGUUAGAGCAUCUCAAAGAUAUGAAUAUCACUAGUGCAACAAGAAAGGAUGUCCCAGCUAUAUAUGGCAAUGUGGAGAUUAAGUACUCGAAGUUUGGUGUAGACGAUUUCGACUUCCGCUACUACAACAAAACCUCUUUCUCUGGACUAGAGACUCACAUUGCAAACUCAUAUGCAAACCCUUUGCUUCAGCUAUAUCGGUUCACGCCGGUGAUCCGGAAUAUUGCCCUCCAGCACACGGCAACCGAAUGUCUUUUUGACCAGUGUAUGCUCUGCGAACUUGGCUUCUUAAUCGAUAUGCUUGAGAAGGCGGAAGGCAUGAAUUGCCAAGCAACCAAUUUCCUCAAAACGCUGAGCUCACAACCAGCAGCUCAGUCGUUGAAUCUGCUCGAAGAACGAAAUCCAAAUGAGCGUCUUACGGUAAUGGUCCAAAAACUUAACACCUACCUUCUCAACAAAUUCAGCACCGACUAUAUGAUGGUCUCUACGCAUGCCCAAAAUCGCCCCUUGGAGCAAGCACUCGCAACGAAGAUGCUUGCAACAUUCAAAUGUGGGCAAUGCAUGCACGAAAUGACCAGGCUUGACGAUGUUUACAGUCAUGAGCUCAUUUAUCCGCAGCCUCAGCGAAAUAUGGGUGGACGAAACCAUCGCAGCAACAAUCCACAGAAUCAUCACCGUCAAACGUUCUCCCAGAUUCUCAAAUACUCGGUUGAGCGACAAGAACCGACCCGUGGGUGGUGCUCCCGCUGUCGUCGUUAUCAGCAAAUGAGUCAGCGAAAACAAGUUCAAGGCGUACCAGCCGUCAUGGUGAUGAAUGCGAACGUGACAACCAAUGAAGCCAAACAACUCUGGUCUAGUCCCAAUUGGGUGCCCAAGGAGAUUGGUAUCAUCACGGGAAAUGGUCAAUUCUUCUGCUACGAAGGCCAGGACCUGGAACUGCACAUCCAGCGCAAGGUGCAUCAGAUCCAGGUGUAUGAACUUAUUGGAGUCGUUUGCGACGUCAAGAGCGGAGAAAAUCAAAAGAGUCAUUUAGUCGGCAUGCUCAACGUCUCACCGAGCUCUUCGAACACGGAUGCAAAAGAUGAAUGGCACCUUUUCAACGAUUUUCUCGUCACGCCAUGUUCAACAACGGAAGCUCUAAGAUUUGAGCCGACUUGGAAACUGCCCUGUGUGUUGUGCUACCAGCUCAAAGAAUACUCGCAUAUAAUUGAUGAUUCUUGGAAAACUAACCUUGACACGAGCAUUUUAUACAGGAAAUGGAGCGCAGCGCAGUCAGAGCAUCUCGACAAGUUCAGGCUCUUAAACCCGACCGAUGAAGUCCCACAGCCAGGCGCACCUGUCGGCAUCGAUGCUGAAUUUGUGGCUCUGCAACGCGAAGAAAUAGAGAUCAAGGCCGAUGGCACAAGAGAAACCAUUCGUCCUAGUCGUUUGGGCCUUGCACGUGUCAGUGUGCUACGCGGAGCGGGACCAGACGCAGAUUUGCCGUUCAUAGAUGACUAUAUCGCCAUCACAGAGCCAAUUGUGGAUUACCUGACCCAGCAUAGCGGAAUUGCACCGGGAGAUCUUGAUCGUCAAACUUCAUCACACAUUCUAGUUUCUCUCAAAGUAGCUUACAAGAAGCUGUGGCUGCUGUUGAACUUAGGCUGCACCUUUGUUGGACAUGGCCUUACCAAAGAUUUCCGGACUAUCAACAUUCAUGUCCCGAAGUCACAGGUCAUCGACACCGUUGAUUUGUUCUACAUUGCGUCAAGACAGCGGAAGCUCUCUUUACGCUUUCUUGCUUGGCUCCUGCUCAAGGAGGAUAUCCAAAUUGAGACACAUGAUUCCGUCGAAGAUGCACGCACAGCACUAAAACUGUGGCGCAAGUACGAAGAUUACAGGCGGGAAAAUACCUUGGAAGAGAAAUUGGAGUGGAUAUACCGUCGAGGAGCCGAAACAAGGUUCAAGGUUCCUGGAAAAGUAGGUGCUAGCAAUGACGAGAUGCUUGGUGUACCACCUGGGAUGCUUACGCCAGGACGAAAUACGUCAGGCAGAGCAACGCCAGAACUCGGUGCGACGGCCAGCGAGGUUGCCAGUGGAAGUCCGUUGAGGAGUCAAGCGGGUACACCGGUGAGAAAGGCUCCAUUUGGAAAAGGCAGUGCUGGGUUUGGGAGCCCUAUGAGAUGAUAGAAAGAAGGUAUAAAUCCCACAUGUGUACUCGUGUCCAUCACCUACUUGGGAUUUGUCCAUAUGGUCGCAUCACAGAUGUUGCAUAAAGACGGGAUCGGAGAGAGAGACGUAUCUGAUUGAGCGCAACGCCGCUUGGAAAAAGUGAUGCAAAUUUGCGUUUGUUGUGCCGAUCCAGAGCUUUCGCUGACACGAUGGCAUGACUUCUUGAGGACGAAAUGCAAACAUGCACGCUUUGAAUCACAUAUAUGCAAACCCGAUAGUUUAGAAAGGGUGCUUCAACCGAGAGUGUAAAAAAGAAGCCAGGUCCGGCAAGACAAGAAGCCCUCUUUAAAAAGUUGUGUGCUUGUGGUUUUUCCUGGCCGCUCGCACCAUCU